AUGUCAAAAAUCUCAAACCUAGACUAUGCAGCCCUUAAUCUCUCUGGAGAUAACUAUUUGCAGUGGGCGUUAGAUACAAAGAUCAACCUGAGGUCAAAGGGACUCGGUGAUACUAUCAUCGAGGGCAAUAAUGAGAAUGAUAAGAAUUGGUAUAGGGCUAUAAUAUUGUUCAAAAUAGUUUCAAUGAUGAGACUCUGUGGUGAAGAAGUAACCGAGAAAGAGUUACUGGAUAAGACCUUCUCUACGUCCACAAAUGUGUUGCUGCAACAGCAGUAUAGAGAGAGAGGCUUCACCACAUACACUGAUCUGAUCUCGUGCUUACUUUUGGCCGAGGCUAAUAAUGAACUGCUGAUGAAGAACAGCCGUGGUGGGUACAAGGGACGUGGUGGUCGUGACAACUACUCAUAUGGCCGAGGGUAUGGAAACCACAAUAACCGUGGUCAUGGUUCCAGCUAUGGCCGUGGAAGAGCCAAUUUUGGCCGCGGUCGAGGCGGCAUAUCCAAGCCGUCUUACUCGACCAAAUCCGUUUGUCACAGGUGCGGGAUGAGUAACCAUUGGGCCAAGAAUUGUAGAACUCCUAAGCAUUUAUGUGAACUCUAUCAAGAGAGCCUUAAGAACAAGAACCCAGAAGCCCAUAUGGUUUAUGACAAUGGGUAUGAUGCUGAUGAUGAUUUCGACCAUGAAAAGGAUGAUCUUAUGGAUCAUGAGACAUCAGAUUGUCUUAAAGACUAA